AAUGCUUCGAAAUCUCACCCUCGCCGCUAGAAGUGUUCUCUACAAUCCGCAAGUUUCCGUUCGCUCGUUCUCUGCCCAGGCUGACUUCGAGAAGGCGCAGAAAAAUCUGAAAACUCUGAAGGAAGAGCCGGACAAUGACGUGAAACUGCAGCUCUACGGGCUUUUCAAACAAGCCACCGCUGGGGAUGUGCAAGGAAAACGCCCGGGAAUGAUGGAUUUCGUUGGAAGAGCCAAGUAUGAUGCCUGGAAUACUUUGAAGGGACAAACUCAGGAUGAAGCUCGCGCCAACUAUGCUAAACUGGUCGGUGGACUCAUUUCCGAAGAAGCUUCUGCUGCUCCAGAACCAACUGGGCCAUCAAUCGAAGGACUUGAGAACGUUGACGGUUUAAGUGUGACUCGCGAGGGAAAAGUGUUCAAAAUCGCAUUGAAUAGACCAAAGAAGUUCAACGCAUUGACAUUGGAAAUGUAUCAAGGAAUUCAAAAGGCACUGGAGGUCUCCAACAAUGACAAGAGCACCUCAAUCACUGUGAUUACUGCCAAUGGAUCAUAUUACUGCGCUGGAAACGAUUUGACUAAUUUUAAAGCUGCUGCUGGAGGUACUAAAGAGCAAAUUGCGGAUAUGGCUAAUACAGCUAAAGUUAUUAUGAAGGAUUAUGUCAAUGCCUAUAUUAACCACGAGAAGCCUUUGAUUGCUCUGAUCAAUGGCCCAGCCGUAGGAAUUGCUGUGACCGUGCUCGGAAUGUUCGACUACGUAAUUGCAACCGAUAAGGCCUCAUUCCACACUCCAUUUGCCCCACUUGGACAAUCACCUGAAGGAGUUUCGAGCUACACGUUCCCACUGAUCAUGGGAUCUUUGAGAGCUUCUGAGAUGCUGUUGGUCUGUAAGAAAAUCUCAGCCCAAACUGCAAAGGAUUACGGGCUUGUGAAUGAAGUUGUGCCAGACGCUGAAUUCCAGUCACAUGCUCAAAAAACUGUGGAAGCGUUCUCCCAACUUCCGCCAGAAACUCUUCGUAUCAAUAAGAAAUUGCUCCGUUCUCUGCACAAGGAGAAGCUUCUGGAGGUCAACAAUAUCGAGGCCGACCAGAUUUGCGAGCGUUGGCAAUCCAAGGAGUGUCACCAAGCGAUUGCAGCAUUUAUGACAAAAGGAGCAAAGAAGUAAUUGUUUUGUGCCCUCUUAAGUUUUACCUUUUUUGUAGAUUUUUUAUGUAUCUAAAAAGAAUUAUGUGUAUUUGAUUGAACAUGUGCAAAAACAAAAUUAAAUGAUUAAU